AUGGACGCCCUCCUCUCCACCCUGCACACAGUAGACGUCCACAUGAAGCGCCAAAUCCUCGCCCUCGAAGAAGCAUCCAUCAUCAAGCUCCGCAACGACGCGGACCCCAAAACCCGCCAACCCGUCAUGAACGAGGACGCCAAAAUCGUCGCGCGCCCGUCGCUCGAACCCAACGGCGUCGGCACCAUUGGUAAUCUCGACGUCGGGUGGCUCAAUAGCCGCAACAAUAAAGUCGAGCGCGACAUGGAGGCCGAGUUGUGGGCCAAGAUGAGGGAGUUGCUGGAGCGUUACCACGCGAAGGAGGUAGCCGAGGGGGCUGGCGGCGGCGGCGGUGGCGGUGGUGGUAUCAAGGAUGAGAGGAUGCAGGAUUAA